UAAAUAAUGUUAUGAUGCAAGAAAUUUGUGUGAAAUGCAGUUUUUCACAGUAUAAAAAUCCCUUGAUAUAUUUUUACUAUUUCAGUAAAUAUUAAAACCAGGCUCUUCGAAAUCCAUUCCCAAUGAAUAGAAAUAUUUAAAUCAUAAAGGUUAUAUAGAUACCCAAUGUUAGAACGUUUAUAGCUACAAAUUCUCUCUAACCAACUAUCCAUUACAUCUAAUGAAUCUCUCUUGACAGCUGUUUCCAACCAUGGAUACAGACAGCACGACAGCUGGAGCAAAAGCUGUGUCUGACAGCCAUCCAGACAGUUUCAGAGAGUUUGACAAAGAAAAUGCAGAACGCAGUGGAACAAACAAAGAAAAUACCAAAAAGAAGAAACAAGCCUGGACAAUUGAUGACUUUGAAAUAGGUAAACCACUAGGUAAAGGGAAGUUUGGCAAAGUGUACCUUGCCCGUGAGAAAAAGAGUCGGUUUGUCGUUGCCAUCAAAUGUCUCGAUAAGGUGGAUCUGGAGAGAAACGAGGUGAUGCAUCAGUUAAAACGGGAGUUGGAGAUUCAGUGUAGACUCAGACAUCCUAAUAUCAUCCGAUUGUAUGGUUACUUUCACGAUGCUGCGAAAAUAUACAUAGUGUUAGAAUAUGCGAGGGAAGGUGACAUUUAUCGUCAUCUGAAGAAAAUGGAACGGUUUGACGACAAGACUGCCGCAACUCUGGUAAAACAGCUGGCCAACGCCCUAGAUUACAUUCACAAACACAACGUUCUCCACCGAGACAUCAAACCUGAGAACAUACUACUCGGCACUGAGCCAGGUUCCAACGAGAACUUGCUGCUGAAGCUCGGAGACUUUGGUUGGUCAAUCCAUUCUCCCGACUCAAGAAGGACUACACUUUGUGGAACUGUUGAUUACUUGCCUCCUGAGAUGAUAGACAAUGUUCAGUACGAUGAGAAUGUUGAUAUUUGGUGUCUUGGUAUUCUGACUUACGAGUUCUUGGUGGGAAAACCACCGUUUGAGUUGAAAACAACAGCUGAAACUAUGUCUCACAUUAAACAUUGCAAGUACUCAAUUCCAGAAUACGUAAACCCUGAAGCAGCCGAGCUAAUUUCAAAGAUUCUCGUAUCAAAUGCUAAACUGAGACCCUCGUUAAACGAUAUCAUGAAUCAUCCAUGGAUUGUGAAUAAUGCGCAAGAGAAACUGAACUUUUUGAGGAGUUGAACGUCGAAACAUUGAGUAACGUUUUUAGGAUAUAUUCAUUGAUAGUAUUUUGACUAAGCAUCUCGAGUCUCGACUUAAUUCUUUUUAAUGUUUUAUGGUCUGUUAUAAUGACUGUAUAAAUUUGUUAGAAUCGGGUUCCUGGUGGGCUUCAUUUUAUUUGGUGACUUUUUUUGAGUUGUGAGUUCCUACGUUGGUUUUGGUGUAAUUUAAGUGUUUGUAUUCCAUACGUCAUAGUCAUUUAUAGUUUGUUUGAACGAU